AGACUCUUCAAACAAGUAUCUCGUAAAAGUCUUUCCAGAUAACAUCAACGUUACCUUUUUUACUGUGUUACACAUAUAGUAAUACACGUUGUUGUUACUGAUACAAGACAGCAGGUUUAUGAAAUCAGUCACAAUGGGCAAAUUACUGUUUUUUGUGCUAAAACACAAACUCAUUGUAUCGAUAAUAAUUGGUGUGGCUAUUGGGAUAACAUGCGGUAUGAGUUUCAAGCUCAGCGGAAAAUCGUGGUCCGAACGAGAAAUUAUGUAUAUCAAAUUUCCUGGAGAAUUGUUUCUCAGACUGGUGAACUGUUUGAUAUUACCACUUGUUACGUCUAGUAUUAUAAGCGCUACUUGCAAUCUCACUAGGUCCGGACGUAUUGGAUUGAUGGCAUUGUACUAUUACUUAACGACUACCACGAUCGGAAUAACGUUGUGUGUUGUGCUCGUUCAGACUAUUCGGCCGGGCGAAGUAACAAGAGUUGAAAAUGUUACAAUGCCAGUGUUCACAAGAACUUCUAUGACAAUAGAUACCAUAUUGGAUUUGAUUCGUAAUGUAAUUCCCGAGAAUAUAAUAGAUGCAUGCAUGUAUCAGUAUCAAACCGUUUUAGAACAGCCACCCAAUGCAUCUGCAGUGCCAAUAGAAGAAUGGAUUAUAACAAGUAAAUAUGUUAACGGAACAAACGUAUUGGGUUUAGUGUUUCAUAGUUUAUUACUGGGUGUGGCAAUUGGACAAUUAGAGAUGGAGGAAGGAAAACCAUUAUCGAACUUUUGCACUUCUUUCGCUGAUACCAUGUUGAUUAUUAUGAAAUGGAUAACAAAAGCAGCACCAGUAGCCGUACCGUUUCUCAUUGCCGGUCGAAUCUUAGAAAUCGAGGAUUUUGGCAAUACGCUGAGUCAUUUAGGAUUUUACGUCUUAACCGUGUUUAUUGGUCUGAUAACGCAGGGAUUUAUAAUAUUACCCCUUCUUCAUUGGAUAAUCACGCGAAAAUCAUCAUACAAAAUUAUAUCCAAACUCGGCCCGUCCUUUGCAGCCGCCAUAGGAACAUCGUCGAGUACUGCUACAGUUCCGCACACAAUUAGAAGUUUGGAAAGUUUGGGAAUAAAUUCCGAAGUAACGAAAUUUCUUGUUCCAAUAGGAGCGGCAUUAAAUUUAGACGGAAUAGCGUUGUACGAAUCUGUCGGAGCGAUAUUUAUUAUACAACUACGUGGUUUGCAAUUUCCAUUGUUUAAAAUAAUAAUUAUCAGCAUUACAUGUACACUAUCGUGCGUGGGUUCUGCUGGUAUACCAAGUGGUGGUUACAUGAUGUUGAUAAUGGUGUUGAAUUCUCUAGAUGUACCAGUUGAAGAUGUUACUUUAAUUAUUGCUAUCGACUGGCUUGUUGAUCGUUUCAGAACAGCAAUUAAUAUCAUAGGCGAUGCAUUGGGUGCGAGUAUUAUAACUCAAUUUUAUGAAAUAGCUUUAGAAAAAGAGAAAACAAGGAGAUUAGAGUCCAUAGAAAAAGCGAUUUGCAAAACCCGAACAUAGUAAAUGUUCUCUAAAGUAGACUAUAGUAAUUCAAAAUUUCAAUCAAAGUAACAAGAUCAGGGUAGUUAUUAAAAAAGGAGAGAAAAUUAAUGCUUAAAAGAAUAUAAGAAAUAUUUAUUUCUUUUGUAUACAAAAAUAAAGAAAACUUGAACAAAAUUCGUUUCAUAUUUGCGGACCAAAAAUGCGUAUUUUUUAACCCUCAACUACACCACCGAAAUUUAUACCACACCUACAAAGUGUAUAGUUUUGUAUCCCAACUUUGAAGAGCUUUGAAAUGAGAAAAUUUAAAAAAUUUGUGUUUUCUGGUGUAAUAAUUAACGUUCCACGUAAAAAAUAUUUGCGUAAUUGUGCGUGAUGGGAUUUGAACUCCGCCAGUGUAAUUACGGGUUAACAAUAUAAUUUAUAUCAAUAAUAGUUUUAAAAAAAA